UCGGUUUGAACACGCCUUCGUCCUUGGAUCACUCGCAGACUGGAAAUUGCGGUCAAGCGAGGUGUCUGCGGAGUAAGAUGUUGUAUGGACAUAGGGUUCGAAUAUAGCUCUGAUCCCUGCUCGACGAGGAGAUCGUAUGGAUGAGACGGAUUCUGCGGAGGACGGUCGUUGCGUGGUCAUCAUCAUAGCAUCAUUUCACUCAAGGCCCAAGCUCCCUUCGCCAUGCUCGCGUGCCAACCGGAGCUCCCCUCUGCAUGCAGUAACAACUCAUCCGAAUUUCGCUCGUCGAUGGAUGAUUGGGAACAUGCUGUCUCAUCCCAUGUUGCGUCAUGCUGGAAAGUGCAGUUUCAAUAUGUAGCGUUUCUGCAAAAGCCCAAGACGGGAAUCCCAAAGGUCCAGAUCGAGAUGUCGCACUCACAUGACAAUGGAGGGCACUCACAUGGUGGGGGUGACCAUGGCCAUACGCAUGAAAUCCUCGAUGGACCUGGAAGUUUCUUGGGCCGUGAGAUGCCUAUCAUCGAGGGGAGGGACUGGGAAGAGCGGGCGUUCACCAUUGGAAUAGGAGGUCCUGUUGGUUCCGGCAAGACGGCUCUCAUGCUAGCUCUCUGCAAGGCCUUCCGCGCCCGCUUCUCCAUCGCUGCUGUAACCAACGACAUCUUCACCCGCGAGGACUGUGAGUUCUUAACCAAGAACAAUGCCCUUCCCGCCGAACGCAUCGUUGCUGUAGAGACUGGAGGUUGCCCCCACGCCGCUGUGCGCGAAGACAUCUCCACAAACCUUUUAACCCUCACCCAACUUCAUCAAAAGUUCAACACUGACCUUCUCCUCAUCGAAUCUGGCGGUGACAAUCUGGCCGCCAACUACAGCCGCGAACUUGCCGACUUCAUCGUCUACGUGAUCGAUGUAUCAGGCGGUGACAAGAUUCCCCGAAAGGGAGGCCCCGGCAUCACGCAGAGUGACUUGUUGGUUGUCAACAAGUGCGACCUAUCGGAGGCCAUUGGUGCUGACCUAGGUGUCAUGGAGAGAGACAGCAGGAAGAUGAGGGAGGGAGGUCCGACCAUUUUUGCGGUCGUGAAGCAUGGCAAGGGAGUUGAUAACAUUGUAGAUCUGAUCCUGAGCGCGUGGAAAGCUAGCGGAGCCAGCCAAGCGAGGAAGUCGAAAUUCGAGCCCGUGGUGAUGGAAUAA